AUGAAAGAUUACCGACCAAUCUCAUGUUGCAAUGUUAUCUAUAAGGUAAUAUCAAAGAUCAUCGCAAACCGUUUGAAAGGGAUCUUAUCCAAUCUGAUUGCACUGAACCAAUAUGCUUUUAUCAAAGAUCGACUGCUUGCUGAGAACUUACUCCUUGCAACAGAGCUGGUAAAGGACUACCACAAAGAUUCGAUAUCCUCAAGAUGUGCAAUAAAGAUCGAUAUCUCCAAGGCGUUUGAUUCGGUUCAGUGGCCUUUCUUGCUCAACACUCUCUCAGCAAUGAAUCUCCCGGCACAAUUUAUUCAUUGGAUAAAUCUCUGCAUUUCCACUGCCUCCUUCUCGGUUCAGGUGAAUGGGGAACUGGCUGGUUUUUUUCGAAGUACGCGGGGAUUGCGACAAGGAUGCUCUCUCUCUCCCUAUCUAUUUGUGAUUAGUAUGAAUGUACUAUCCAAACUUCUGGACAGAGCCGCGGGUGCAAACGACAUUGGCUAUCACCCUCGUUGUCAAAACAUAGGUUUAACUCAUUUGAGCUUCGCUGAUGACAUCAUGGUGUUAACAGACGGAAAAAUCAGAUCUGUUGAAGGUAUAAUCAAGUUGUUUGAUGAUUUUGCAAGGUUCUCUGGUUUGAAGAUCAGUCUUGAAAAAUCAACGAUCUACUUUGCUGGUGUCUCACCACAAGUCCGAGAGAGCAUGGCUACUCUGUUUCCAUUCACCUCAGGCCAAUUACCGGUGCGCUACCUUGGUCUGCCUUUGCUCACCAAGUGUAUGACCAGGAACGAUUUCCUCCCUCUGGUAGAAAAGAUCCGCAAGAGAUUACCUCCUGGACGGCUCGGACCAUCUCUUAACGCCAAGAAAGCAAAGAUAGCGUGGCAUGAUGUUUGUAAGCCAAAACGAGAAGGAGGUUUAGGGCUACGACGGCUGAAAGAAGCAAACGCAGUAAGCUGUUUCAAGAUGGUAUGGAGGAUUCUUUCGUCGCAAAACUCAUUAUGGGUCAAUUGGAUAAAGGCGUAUCUAAUCCAACACGAAACUUUCUGGUCGCUGAAGCUAAGUACAAGUACGGGUUCUUGGAUGUGGAGAAAGUUAUUAAAAUAUCGUGAUAAGGCAAGGAGAUUUUUUAAAAUGGAGGUGAGAAACGGGUCUCAGACAUCUUUCUGGUUCGACACAUGGUCUCACAUGGGUCCGUUAAUCAACGUGACAGGGGAGAGAGGCUUCAUAGACAUGGGUUUGGCUCGUGAUGCGACAGUAGCAGAGGCUCUGGGGAUGAGAAGACGAAGGCAUCAUCGCUCAGAAAACCUAAACCAUAUUGAAACCCUACUCAACACAUACCGAGCCCGAGCAGCGGAUGUAAGAGAGGAUGUUCCCUUUGGAAACAAUAAGGCAACGACUACAAAUCUGUAUUUAGCUCCAAGAGGACUUGGAUGCUCAUCAGAAGUGCAGGAGUGGAGAAUAGUUAGCAUGGAGCCGUCUGGUUCCGCCAUGAAACGCCAAAAUACUCUUUCUGUGUUUGGCUAG